CAGGACGUAUUAGACUAUGACAAACAAACAAAUUCGCACUUUUUCGUGUUUGACGGUUUGCCAAACUCGCAAAAAAGGAAAAUGUAUGCAGGCUGGCGUUUCUGCUAACAGAUGCAGGCAAACAAAUAAAGCAGGCAAACUGUCAAAAAGUGCGAGUUUGUUUGUCAUAGUCUAAUACGUCCUUGAAGCGAUAAAUGCAUAGUUGUCUAAUGUAAUAUUUGAAGUUUAACGGGUUAUUUUAAAAAUGAUUCUAAAAGUAUUAAAGUUCUUGCUUCCAAAGUGGAUUGAAAAAUUGCGAAUUUGUUUUUUUAAAUAGAUUGAAGCCUGUCUACAAAAGAGAAUGCUGAGGGUUAGCAUGGUGACCUUUGCGAAUAGAGUGUAUAAUGAUAGAUUAGAGCUCUGCCGUAUGAUUCCCGUUCUGCACUUUAGUGAGCUCAAAGAUGUUGCAGGCUAAGCAUACGCUAACUUUAAAAGCUACUCUCAUAUUGCUUUUAAUCGUUCAGCAUGUGUCCCCAAAUUACGUGAAAAAAUAUCAAAUCCCCAACAUUAGGGCAAAUUGGUUCAAAGCGGUCGAGUUUUGCCACUCGAUCGGGAUGCAACUGGCCACAAUAGACUCCCGCGCGGACAGUGAGACCCUAAUCAGUUUCAUCAAAAGCACGGACAAGUUCAACGAGCAAGCGUGUGCGUUCUGGCUCGGCGGGAGUGACCUAUCGGAAGAGGGCACCUUUUCGUGGCAGGGCACGGGAAAGCUGGUCACGUACACGAACUGGUCCCCGGGAGAGCCGAACAACACCAACGGCACCGAGGACUGCAUCCAGCUGGUGUACAUUCCGCGGUUCGAGCAACGGUGGACCUGGAACGACAAUGCGUGCAAGCGAGGCUACAUGUACUUUGUCUGCGAGAGUCUGCCACAAAAUUGUAUUCAGGAGUUCAAAUAAAAACAUCGCCGGGAUCGUGAUUCUGCGAUGAGUACGGGGAA